AAUUAUGAUUAAGUCCAAUUACCAACUACGCAUUUUACCAAAAGGAUCAUCUAGGAAAGAAGUUUCACUUUUUCUAGAUGUUACUAGAGGCUUCUUCCCGGUCAUUGCUAUAUCCUUCUGCAGUGUUCCCCUGCUUUCAUCCCCUGAGCAGCAAGAGAAUAGCAGAAGCAGCUCAUCUCUGAAAAGGCAGAAACAAGAACUUAACCCAAAUGUUUGGUGUUGUGUUCCCAAACCAUAGCUUCCCGAUCGACAUCUCUUCUUUCGCCCAAAUCGAUACCUUCCACUGGAUCCUCGACAUGAACACAUUCGUCGGCGAGGCCUACGAUCAAAUCCGAGAGAUGUGCAUCUUCCUCCUCAACAACUUCACUUUGCCCCCAGACAAAGCAUUAGCCGUAUACGUUCAAUCCCCUGGCUCGUCCUUCGUUUUCUGCGGCGCCGUAACUGUGGCGCGCCCCUCCGCUGUUCUGUCCCUCUUGUGGCCGGAGCCUGGGGGCCAGAUGCAGCUGACUUCGGCGGAUUCUGUCCCCCCAUCAGCAAAGAUUGGGGUGUCGGUGGAAGACCUGGCUUCGUUGCCGUCCCUUGAUGUGGCAGCCGAGAAGAAGAUCGAACGGCUGGCUUUGAAAGUUGGGGAAAACCUGUUCAAUUUCAUGCAGUCAUUUUGUGGGGUUGAUGGGACCAAAUUGGUGGUGCCUAUGGACAUUCUGGAUAGAUGGUUCAAAAAGUUCCAGGAGAGGGCCAAACGUGAUCCUGAGUACCUCAAAGGUUUUGCCUUGUAACUCAAUUAACUUUUGUUAUUAAGAUUAUGGUUGUAUGUUUUGAAUUGGCAGAGUUAUGUUAUGACGAAACAAGUUUAUGGUUAAAUUGCAGAUGCAGUGUUAUUUCAUUUUAUUUUUAGCAUUAUUUCUUUAUUGCAAUUUUUUUUUUUUUAAAUUAAAAAUUCUUAACUUUG